AUGCCACCAUCAGCGGGCGAAGAGCGCCUUGUGACUGUUUUUGCAGAUAUUCACUACUACUUCACAGAGCCAACCCGAAGACCUUCACCAUAUCACCACCGUUUUGAUAAAGGCUCCUAUGUUUAUAUCUAUCAUGACGCCUUUCAGAACAAGGCCCGCAUGGAAAUUGCCAAUAAUCCUGGAUCUCCAGAGCAGGAUGCAUUCUGUGGAGGAUUAAGCAAUGUUCAUAUACGACACUCUGCUCAAUUCCCGACACUUUGUACAUUAACAGUUGAUGCGCACACGGUCUCACCCCAACAGCAAUAUGCACACGAUACCCCUCAACAUGAGUGGCGUCUGCCUAGCGGAGACCCACGCGAUGACCCAAAGGAAGUGCGUGAUUUUGCUCGCCUACAUACAUUGGACAUCUACUUCUGGACUCAAGAAGAUGCAGAUGACUUUCUAGACACUGUCAUCCGGCUUUUAUCCAAUGCUCAGGUCGAAACGGACCGAGAGCCAGCUCCGCAACCACAGCAAAACAUUAGCUCGGUAGUCCAGCAACUUGAGACUGUUGCGGUCUCCGACCCGGCCUACCAGAAUGGUCAAACACGCAACUCACGCUCCGAGCCCACAAGCACAACGGCACCAGUGGCACAGGCACCCCCACCAACCAGCAGCUUCCCCCCGCCCCCUCCAAGUGGUCCUCCAGUUGACCAACGAUUAAGCGCUGGUUCUAUUCCCGCCGCCGAGGAAAAGAAAGACCCAGCUAGCUUCGCCCCGCUGCCAUACAAUCCAGCCGCUCCAGCCGCCCCAGAGCCAAUCCAAUACCGCGAAAAGACCCCGCCGCCAGAGGACGGGAUGAACGGCACCGGCCUCGCGGCCGCAGUGGCAGCCGACAGCGGCAUGCCAUAUACGCCCCCCCAUCAAAUGAUAGGGGGCGCACCGGGCGUAGGCGGAUAUGCAUCCCCGCCCUCCUCAACCCCGGGGCUGCAAUACGCAGGCCCUCCAGUCGCAGCACCACCGGCAUUUGCCUCCCCUCCACCCAGUGUCGGAAUACAACAUUCUAACACUUUCCCCACUGCCAGUCCCGGGAUGCAUGGCCAUUCAUACUCGCAGUCGUCCCUCAGUGGACAAGGUGGGCAGGGAGUCCAACAGUACAACACAAGCCGGCAAGGUUCAAUGUCCUUCGCUCCGCCGCCGCAGGAUCCGAAUGCCCAUCUUUAUGACCAGAACGUCUAUGGGGCUGCCCAGGCCCAGUCGCCGCCCCAGUAUCAGGCUGCACCGGCGGCGCCGAUAGGCGGGUUCUCGAACUACUCGUAUGACAAGACCCAAGGGCAGCAACAGCAGCAACAGCAGCAACACCAACGUGCUGGCUCUGAAUAUGAUAUCCAUAGCCAGCUGUACAGACCCACUGAAGUGGAGGCUGGCUCUCACUAUCAGAAAUACGCACAGAAGGCGAUGAAGAAUCCUGGACAGCGGCCGAGGAAGUUGGAGGAUAGAGCAGAGCGGUUGGAAGGUGGUAUGAAUAGGUUCUUCAAGAAGCUUGAGAGGAAACUUUGA